CCGCUCUCCUAACCUAUCGAAAAAAAGUAAAUAUUUUGUGAAUUGUUGUUAUGUUAAGAAUUGUUUUUGUUUUUAAAAUGCAGUAAAUAUUUUAAAAUUAUGUAUACGCUACCAAUUAGUUGAAUAAGUUUUAUCUACAAUUGUGUGAAUUAAAAUGAUUUUUUUGAAACCAGCUUGGGUAAACCAUGGAGAAAAUAAGCCUAUUUUCUCUGUGGAUAUUCAUCCACAGGGUGGCAGAUUUGCUACUGGUGGACAAGGAGGUUCAGGAGGGAAAAUUGUUAUUUGGAACAUAAACCCUGUACUUAAUGAGAAGGAUGAGGAUGAUUCUAAGGUUCCCAAAAUGCUGUGUCAGAUGGAUAACCAUUUGGCUUGUGUAAAUGUGGUAAGAUGGAGUCAUGCUGGCCAUUUGUUGGCCUCAGGGGGUGAUGACAAACUUGUCAUGAUUUGGAGGUUAACAAAUGAAGGCGCCUCCUCCGUUUUUGGCAGCAGACAAGUAAAUGUUGAGACAUGGAAAUGUGUGCACACUCUGAAUUCGCACAGUGGAGACGUGCUAGAUUUAGCCUGGGCACCACAUGAUGGUUGGUUAGCCUCAGGAUCAGUUGAUAAUAGUGUUAUUAUAUGGAAUGCUCUUAAAUUUCCUGAGAAAGUUGCUGUCUUAAAGUCACAUACAGGAUUAGUAAAAGGUGUGACUUGGGAUCCAGUAGGCAAGUACAUUGCCAGCCAAUCGGACGACAAAUCCCUGCGAAUAUGGCGCACAUCCGAUUGGAUGCAACAAGAAAUCGUUACUGAUCCUUUUGAGGACUGUUCCGCCACAACACAUGUCCUUCGUUUGUCAUGGUCGCCAGAUGGACAGUAUUUGGUGUCUGCGCAUGCCAUGAAUGGGGGCGGACCUACUGCGCAGAUCGUAGAGCGCGAGGGCUGGCGACAAGAUAAGGAUUUUGUUGGUCAUAGAAAAGCAGUAACCUGUGUGAGAUUUAAUUCGAAUAUACUGAAAAAGUCGUCUAGCAGCAGCCCUAAGAACCAUCAGUAUUGCUGCUGCGCAAUAGGUUCUCGCGACAGGUCAAUCAGCGUGUGGCUGACGUCUCUAAAACGCCCUCUAGUGGUAAUUAAGGAUCUUUUUGAUGACAGUGUGCUAGAUAUUACUUGGAGUAGUAACGGACUGUACCUAUUAGCUUGUUCCUGGGAUGGAACUGUAGCUUGCGUUACUUUUACGCAGGAUGAGCUGGGAACGCCACUUUCAAUGGAUGAAAAGAAUUCCCUGUAUGAAAGAGUAUAUCAUAAAUCUUUACAAAGAAACUGGAAUUUGAGUUUCUCGGGCACUCAAAUCGCUGAAAAUCCCGAAUUAUUAAGUGCCAUGGAUGAAAUUAACGAAAAAAAUGCAGCAAAAUCAGAAUUAACGGUAGAAACAAAUGAACCCAAAAUAACCAUAAACGAUGUUUCAUUUGAAUCUCCCAAAUUGAACCAAAGUGUGCUUGUGCCAGUAAACAAACAAGUUGAGACGCGAUUGGCGUCCGGAAAAAGACGAAUUACCCCGAUGUUUUUGACGUCAGUGCCAAAUACCACUUCACCUUCGGCAAAUCAUGUCACCACACCAGUUAGCAAUUUAGAAAUUCCUCACCACAAUGAUAGCAACACGUUUAGUAGAUCCUCGCCAACAAAAAGUCAAAUAGUUGUUGAAACAGUGAAGGAGCAAGUUAAACCCAGAAUAAAACAUAAAGAAAUAAAGAGUUUGCAAAAUAAAGUAGAAAUAAACAAUAAAGUAGUAAGUAAUCCACCAUGCACCCAAAUUAAUUUGUUAAUGUGCUGUGAAGUUCCUGGGGAUGAACCAAUCGUAAAACUGGUCAGCAUUUUGGAUCCCCUGAAAAUGCCACCUGGAGUAACUGCCACUAAGGACGCGGGCGUCCUUAAAAUACAAGUCACCAAUAACUGCCACAAAACUCAAAGGGGUUGCCUAGCCAGGAUAGAAGUCUACAAAAAGUCUGAUGAAAAAAACCCAAUAUGGGAUUCAUACCUGGGUAGUUCGAUUAGAUGUAUAGCGUCGAAUAGAAAAAUGAUAAUUGCAUGUUGCGAGGACCUCUCGAUAAACAGUUACGAUCUUAAAAACGGUUCAAGGCCACUGCCACCUUUACUUAUAGAAGAUGUGGUCUCUUCAAUAAGUUUAUCUCAAGAAGGCUACUGCUUAGUACUUACCAAAACUGGACUUAUGCACAUGUGGGACUUGGAAAAAAGAAAGAGCAUUUUGACUAGGAUAUCUGUGAGAAGUCUGCUUUCAGGAAAAGCAUCAAUAUCUGGAUGUAGUCUCGGUACCAAUAAUAAACCUAUAGUCACUUUAAAUGAUGGGAAAGCAUACUCAUUUUGCCUGGACUUACACUCUUGGGUUCUCUUAUCAAAUCCCAUGGACCCAGUUAGUGCCACAGCAGGUGGGCUGACAAGGAGUGUCCCACCAAAUUUACCAUUGGCAUCAUUGCAGAGGUCAAUGCCUUCAUACAAACUAAACGAUUCCCUGCCACCAGGUGUCGCUUUGAGCUUUUUGGAAGCACAAAUUGCGGCUGCGAAUGUGCUGCAAUCAUCUUCAGAGUAUCGCCAUUGGUUAUUUGCCAUUGUUAACCAUUUAUUGGAAAAGGGACCUGAGUGUAGGUUAAGAACUAUUUUGGAUGAAUUAAUGGGCCCAAAUCACUCUUCCAAAAAGCCCAAGCUCAAUACAGAAAUAAUGGGAUUGAGUAAAUCAAAUUUGUUAACUGAAGUCCUCGAAGUGAUUAAAACAAAGCUUCCCUGGCAAAGGUUAUACAAGGAAUACAGUGAGCAGUUAAAGGAAGAAAUUUAAGACAAAAAAUUGUAUG